AUGUUCACCAUCACUCCCUUGCUCGGGGCGCAGAGCACGUCUCGAGCGUCGCAGUCGAUCCUUGAGUUGGAUGGUGGAAUCAAAAUCUUGGUGGAUGUGGGAUGGGACGAACGGUUCGAUACUCGACAACUGGCUGAGAUAGAGAAACACGCCUCUACUCUAUCCUUUAUCCUCCUCACCCAUGCCACCACUUCUCACUUGGGCGCCUUUGCGCACUGCUGCAAACACAUCCCCGUCUUCACCCAGAUCCCCGUCUACGCCACGCCGCCCGUCAUCGCCUUCGGCCGCACCCUCCUCCAAGACCUGUAUUCGUCUUCCCCGCUGGUGGCUACCUUUAUUCCCGGCUCGGGUUCUCCUGAAGAUGUAACUAGCGUCGACGACAAGUCGCGGUCACAUAUCCUGCGCCAGGCUCCGACAUACGAAGAGAUCAACAAGUAUUUUACAUUGAUCACUCCUCUCAAAUACUCGCAACCUCAUCAACCCACACCUUCUCCGUUUUCCGCCCCGAUCGAGGGUCUCACACUGACGGCUUAUAAUUCCGGUCAUACCUUGGGCGGCACAAUAUGGCACAUACAAUAUGGGAUGGAGUCUGUAGUCUACGCCGUGGAUUGGAACCAAGCCCGAGAGAAUGUUAUAGCAGGGGCCGCGUGGUUUGGAGGAGUUGGGGGUGCCGAAGUCAUCGAACAACUGCGCAAGCCUACCGCCCUCGUCUGCAGCAGCAUUGGGGCGACAAGAGCCGCACUGUCCGGGGGUCGGAAGGCCCGUGACGAGGCUCUGCUGGCGCAUAUCAAGGUCUGUGUUGCUAAGGGUGGCACAGUUCUCAUUCCUACCGACUCGAGCGCGAGAGUAUUGGAACUAGCUUGGAUCCUGGAAAAAGCAUGGUCCGACCCAUCCAAUGCUGUCUCCCUAAAACCUGCCAAAGUAUACCUAGCCAGUCGGUCCGGCAAUGCGACGCUUCGACAUGCAAGAAGUCUGCUCGAAUGGAUGGACGACAGCAUUGUGAGAGAAUUCGAGGGCGAGGACGAAAAUCCAGCUCCCACGCAGAUGCACAGAAGAAGUGGCAGUAAGCAGAUCAAUGGCGCGAGCAAACCUUCACGGCCUUUUGAGUUUAAGAACGUCAAGAUUGUGGAGCGCAAAAGCCAACUGGAAAGGAUGCUGAAGGCAGAAGGGGCCCGAGUCAUCCUUGCGAGUGAUGUGACAAUGGAUUGGGGUUUUUCGAGGUCACUGUUGGAUCAUGUGGUCCAAAGGCCCGAGAAUCUGGUGGUUUUGACCGAACGAGUAAACAUGCGUCCCGGGUCGCAAAGCCCAAGUCAGGUAUUCUGGACUUGGUACGAAGACCGUCAGGAUGGCGUCGCUCUCGAAAAAGGGCUGCCAACAGGAGAAUGGUUGGAGCAGGUCCAGAGUGGAGGUAAAACGCUCAAGCUACGAAAUUCAGAGAAGGCACCACUGAAUUCACAAGAGAAUCAAAGGUACCAACAAUACAUGGCGACUCAAAGACAGCUGCAAGACUCUCUGACUUCAGCCAACGAGCGAGACCAGGCUGGUGCGGACGACAAUAUCGAUGAUGAAUCCAGCUCAACAUCCUCAGACGAGUCAGACGACGAACAGCAGGGCCGUGUACUGAAUGUGUCGGCCGCUCUCGGUCACGGAGCACGGAAUAAGCUGGCACUGAGCGAUGCAGAUCUGGGAGUCAACGUUCUUGUUCGCAAAAAAGGCGUGUAUGAUUACGAUGUACGGAAUAAGAAGGGACGGAACAGUCUUUUCCCCUAUACACAUUCGCGAAGGCGCGGAGACGAGUUUGGGGAUUUCAUCAAGCCGGAGGAUUUCUUAAGAGAAGAGGAGAAAGAAGACCAAGACACGGCCAACGACACCAAGUCCGGGGGCCAGCUCGGACAGAAGCGGAAGUGGGACGAGGCGAAUGAUACCAGGCACUCACAACACAAGAAAAGUCGAACAGUAUUUGCGCCGGCAGCAUCUGGCGAUUCCGCAGCAGAUUCAGACGCAGAGAAUUCCGAUGAGGACGUCCAAGUGGAACGGGAAGGAUUCCAGGGACCGGCAAAAGUGGUAUAUUCGACCUCUGAGAUCACGGUCAAUGCCAGGCUGGCCUUUGUCGACUUUGCUGGACUGCACGAUCAACGCAGUCUGCAAAUGCUGAUACCGUUGAUUGGACCCAAAAAGUUGAUUCUUGUCGGUGGCAAUACUUCAGACACUCUUGCUCUGGCCACUGAUUGUAAAGAGCUUCUCGGGAUGAAAGUGGCGGGAGCAGGAGAGGAACCAUCCACGGAGAUCUUUACUCCUGCAGAGGGUCAAACUGUGGAUGCCAGUGUCGACACGAACGCGUGGGUCGUCAAGCUCAGUCGCAACCUGGCAAAGACGCUCCGUUGGCAAAAUGUCAAAAACAUGGGAGUGGUGACCAUCCAAGGUCAACUCAAGGGCGAACCGAGGGGAGACAACCUGCAGGAGGAUCCUCAGACCAAAAAACAGAAAUUUGAUACAGACGUGUCUCUUGCCGCUGGCCCUCGGCCGGUGUCCUCUGUCGAACCGGUGCUCGAUGUUCUCCCAGCAAGCCUGGCUGCGUCGACAAGAUCUGUCUCCCAUGCGAUCCACGUCGGCGACCUGCGUCUAGCUGACCUGCGGAGAAUGAUCGCAUUGGACGGUCAUGUCGCUGAAUUCCGAGGUGAGGGCACCUUGCUGGUCGACGGCAUGAUAGCAGUACGAAAACUCGGCACCGGGAGGAUCAUCCUGGAAGGGGUGCCAGUCAGCUCCACUGCCAUGACUCCGAGCAAGAUGGAUGAUUUCACGCGUGUGAAGCAGAAAAUCUAUGACGGACUCGCAGUGGUUGCCGCCAGUUGA